CCCCCCUCCCUCUCUCUCUCUCUCUCUCUCUCCUCUCUCUGAUCUCUCAACCUAUUCUUUUGACUAAUUUGGCUGAACAAGAUUGAUUUUUUGGGUGACAGACACACACACAACAACUGUUCAUCGGUCUUUAUCAUUAGAUAUGACCUUGGGGAAGAAUUCCCAACCCUUCUCUUUUGUGCUCAUCUUCUGGGGGGGAUUUUGUUUGUGAGCUGAUUGAAGAUCGUUCAGCCGAAAAUUUUAGCUGGGUUUGGGUUUGUAUGAGGAGAAGAGAAGUUGGGUUUUCUGCCUUCUUUCUGUGGGUGUCGUGAGAGUUGCUGUUGUUGCAGAGGUUGGUGUUAGAUGGGGUUAGGGCCUGAUUCGAUAAAGGUGGAGAAUUGGGCUUUGGAGAAAUCAAAGGAAAGAGAAGAGAAAAGGGAGAGGGGGAAAAAGAAGAAGAGGGAUGGGUGUUGUUGGAUCAAGUUGAGGUUCAUGGAGAGAUGUUCUUGCAUGCCUUUUAGAUCAAAGGUCAAUAGCUCCAUCAGCGGAAUCAGUACUACUUAUGUGGAAAGUAAGUCGACCAACUCAAAAAGUGCAGAUGAACCAGUUGUUCCGGUAGUCUCCUCUACUAUUACUAGCAAUGCAGAAAGCACUUCAUCAACACCUAUGUUCAGUGAGGAACUCAGGGUCGCAUCCCAUCUCCGGAAGUUCACAUUUAUUGAUCUUAAAUUAGCGACGAGAAAUUUCAGACCUGAGAGUCUUCUUGGCGAGGGUGGAUUUGGAUGUGUCUUUAAAGGUUGGAUAGAGGAGAAUGGAACUGCUCCAGUGAAACCUGGCACAGGCCUUACUGUUGCGGUCAAAACCCUUAAUCACGAUGGACUUCAGGGUCACAAAGAGUGGCUUGCUGAAAUUAGUUUUCUUGGUAAUCUUCGCCAUCCCAAUCUAGUCAAGUUGAUUGGUUACUGCAUUGAAGAUGAUCAAAGACUGCUAGUCUAUGAGUUUAUGCCUCGAGGAAGUCUGGAGAAUCACCUCUUCAGAAAAGGGUCCCUGCCUCUUCCGUGGUCAAUCAGACUUAAAAUUGCCCUUGGUGCUGCCAAAGGGCUUGCUUUUCUUCAUGAGGAAGCUGAAAGACCCGUUAUAUACCGUGAUUUUAAAACAUCCAACAUUCUUUUGGAUGCGGAUUACAAUGCCAAACUCUCGGAUUUUGGACUUGCCAAAGAUGCUCCUGAGGGAGAUAAAACUCACGUAUCCACCCGAGUUAUGGGAACUUAUGGUUAUGCAGCACCAGAGUAUGUAAUGACAGGUCAUUUGACAUCAAAGAGUGAUGUUUACAGCUUUGGAGUUGUCCUACUGGAGAUGUUGACUGGUCGAAGAUCCAUGGAUAAGAACCGACCAAAUGGUGAACACAAUCUAGUGGAAUGGGCAAAGCCGUUUCUUGAGGACAGGAGGAGGUUUUAUCGGCUAAUUGAUCCCCGUCUUGAGGGACACUUCUCAAUCAAAGGCGCCCAGAAGGCUUCUCAGCUGGCGGCCCACUGCCUCAGACGGGACCAAAAAGCCAGACCUCGCAUGAGUGAAGUUGUUGAAGCUCUGGAGCCUCUGCUUAACCUCAAGGAUAUGGCCAGUUCCUCCUACUUCUUUCAGGCCAUGCAAGCUGAACGCUCCAGGUCCAAUCCGAAUGCUAAGAAUGGCAUCAGGACUCAGGGAGGGUUCGUGGUGAUCAGGAAUGGGCAACCAGUGAGGAGUCUAUCAAUACCGCACGGUACCCAUCCUUCUCCAAAUAACAUUCCCCGCCUCUCUCCAAAACCCAAUGGAAAAGUAUGAGUCCGACCCCACACAAACUUUCCAUAUACAUUGUUUGUAGUCCCUCUUAAGGAUAUCACGACGAUUGGAGGUCGCGUAAUUUCGAGAGAGGCUGACAUUGCUUCCAUCGACCAAUUCGACAAAAGCAAUGCAGUUAACUGUCUUGUGGCUGCUUUGUCCAUUCACCUGUGGUGAAGGCAUGAUCCUAUCUUUCCCCAGUUCUGUGACUUGCGUAUGUUGUAUCUGAGCUAUGUAGGCAGUAGCAAUUGGAAGAGAUUUCAAGGUAGGCGAGCUGGUUGUAAUUUAAAGAGAAGGAUGUCAUCGUCAUGUAAAUUCUCGAGGUGGACAAAGAUUAGGAUCGUGCAUUGAUGCGUCAUUCCCCUUAGGAUAUGAUGCUUUUCACUCUGGGACUGAUGCUUAAUGCCUUCGUCCUUCUUGUGUUUCUCCUUCUUGGUUCAUCAGAAGCAGCACUUGUAUAAUGUUUUCGACUUGCAUAAGAUUGCAUUGUAACACUUUUUUAUUUGAGCCAAGAGUCUUCUUGGCACGAAUGUAGGUAUGAUGCCUUUCAUUGAUUUCCUAGUGAUGAUGCCGAAUUCCUCCA